CUCAUAUUUGCCAUCGCCCUCGCUCGCUUCCCCUGUAGCACACAGACGGUGACCUCCUCAAUGAUCAAAUACACCAUGUCUACCACGUCUAUCUAGAGCCUAAGUGCUACCAGGUUCGAUCUUCGUUUCCUUGUUAUAGACACUCUCCUUUAAUUGAUUUAUUUCUCCACUCGCCCGCCUCCCAGUUUGACUUCCUCCCCAACCUUUUCAAUCUUGGUCGCCGUCAGCAUUCUGAGGCUGGCCAAGUCCUUUGAUUGUCGCGUAUGAGUUGUACGGUGGCAUCAACUCUGAGAGUGACAGUUCCAGAGCACAUCAGCCUGCACCGAAUCCAUCCGCAUCUCCUCUUCCGCUCCCAGUCCACCGCCACUUUCCCUGCCCAGGAGAACCUUCCUCCGACCUCUCGUCGUCCACCCACCAUGUCGACUGAUGCUGCUGAAAGCGAUAGCGAGGUCCACGGCCGUUCCCAGCAGAGUCCCCUCGCAUCCCAACGCGCCAAAGCAGAGAAUCCCAGACGCAGCAGAUUCGAGAACCUCUUUCCUCUGGGCUACAAGGAGGGCUUCAGUCAAUGGUGGACUGCUCUGCCCGCCGCUCAAGCUGAACAUGCUGUUCUUUCUCACAUCCCCUACCUUCAGAAACCACCUACGCAUACUCAGACUGGUUCCGAGCCACCCUCAGUCAACCCUUCUACUACUUCUCUGAAUUUCUCUGGCGAUGCAUUCGCGUCCCCCACCACAACAAAUUCCAUCACCGAUCCUCAUGGGCCACGAACAUGGUACUCGCGCAUGGUUCCCCUCUCCGGCAAGAAUCGAGCUCUGAAUGAAUUCUCAGUCCAGCGGACAGGAGAAGAGGCCGACCACAGCCUGGUCAUUUUACAUGGAUAUGGAGCUGGCCUAGGCUUUUUCUACAAGAAUUUUGAGCCUUUAUCCCGUGCACCCGGCUGGCAGUUAUAUGCUUUGGAUAUGUUGGGCAUGGGUCGAUCGUCUCGCCCACCGUUCAAGAUUAGGUCCAAAACUCGUGAGGAACAAAUCACCGAGGCCGAGGCUUGGUUCAUCGAUGCUUUGGAGGAAUGGCGAAUCAAGAAGAACAUUGACAAGAUGACCUUGGUUGGACAUAGCAUGGGCGGCUACAUGGCUGUUUGUUAUGCCCUCAAAUAUCCAGGCCGGCUGAACAAGCUGAUCCUCGCCUCUCCUGUGGGAAUUCCCGAAGAUCCUUACGCCACUCAAGCCGCUAUGCCCGAACCCCCCGAGUCUACUUUACAGAACGAGUUCACUCAGGAUCAGGAGACCCAGACUGUCACCAGCGCAGAUAACAAUAAUUUCCUCAACGCCCGCAAAAAGGCCGAACAAGCUCAACAAAAGCCCAACCCCAGCCGCGCACCUGUGGGUGGCACCGACGGCGAAGCCGUAGCUCCUCGACGCCCGCUACCCAAGUGGUUGACGUACCUAUGGGAUGCAAAUAUCAGUCCCUUUAGUUUUGUGAGAUGGUCAGGGCCUCUGGGCCCGAGACUGGUUUCUGGGUGGACGAGUCGAAGGUUCAGCCAUUUACCACCUGAAGAGGCCCUUUCACUGCAUGACUACAGUUACAGUUUGUUCCGGCUUAGGGGGAGCGGGGAGUACGCAUUGGCUUAUAUCCUCGCGCCCGGCGCCUUUGCGAGGAGCCCACUGAUCCGCCGCAUCCAUGGCGUAGGACGGCAACUCUUACCACCCCACAACUUGACUCCGUCCUCUCCUUCUGAUCUCGCUCCCUCUCCGGUGACUCAGGCUCGGGAGACUGGCGUCCCAAUCGUCCUUAUGUACGGUGAGAAUGACUGGAUGGAUGUUAAAGGUGGACACGCAGCGAAGAAGGCCAUCGACGCCGCGAGAGAGAGGCAUUUACGGAACGCCUCCCCAGAGGACGCUGCCAAUGACCAGGGAGGAGCCAAAGUCGUCAUAAUCAAACAGGCAGGUCAUCAUGUCUACCUCGACUCACCUGAUGAAUUCAACGAUGUGAUGCUGAGAGAAAUGGAUGAUGUGGUUAAGAGAAGCAAAGGCACAAAGAGAGGCGGCGUUGGAGGGGUGGAAGUUGUACCUUGAUGGAGCCAAUCUUGAGACACUGGAUUUUAUGUCUCUCCAUGCGGUCUGGAUUCAACCCCAGUCUGAGUUGCUCGCCACAGCUGAGCACAUUGCAGUUUUCUCUGCUUCUUUGAGGCCUAUGACUUUGGGGGCCAUACUACUUGGUGGCGGUGUACUCGCAACUUGCUGUCUGGUGUGCUGUGACUUCAAGUCAGCCUUUCGAGGUCAUGUCACGAGAGUCUGGAUAUUGCAUUUUGCAAUGGAUCAUGGCAAGUCAUGUUGCCGGUGAUACCACCAGAGUGCCGUGUCAGGUGCAAGCGUCGCCAUCCACUUCAGGCGUUGUGCGGAAACCUAUGAUAGAUUGAUGAACUUGAACAGGAGCGAUGGUUGUUUAGGAGAUUGCAAUCGUCGAAUCAGGCCUGUCAUUUUAGAUGUAUUCUAGCGCAAAAUAGACCUUGGACUUGAACAGGGUUACGCAAAGCGACUAUGCAGACAGCGAUAGAGCUCUCGAUGGGCCAGGUUACAAGGCUGUGGAUCCUGAUAUUCAACGUCUUGACCUCGGAGUUUGUCUACGAUAGGCUUGGAUCAGGCAAACCACCGACCUUCCAGAGAGUUUCGACUUGGAACUGGAAGUCGAGGGUCACAGGGUGUUUCUCCACUCUCGAGACUAGAAGAUCAUCAUUGCAGGAAACUUCAAAACAGACCGACCAGGUUUCUCGUUCAGAUCCCUGCCCAAAUAGUACGAAGUUACAAGCCGUCAGCUACUGAGUUUGGUCGUAGCCUGGCGGCAUCUGCCUACCUUGAGGGUUCAUCACAUCGAUUUCGAGAAUAAGGCAAGCCACGCCUGACUGACGGAUUACUCGGAGCAAGAUUGUUGUUUCUCGGAACCAUGGGGUGGCCAAGGGGGUGGCAGGUAGUUCAUCUGAUGAUGCGUACGAGUUCUCUCUCUCACACUCCGUACCUGUUGGAUUUGCAUACAUAGGGCUGACGGGCUGACAAAUGCCAGGUGGGAUUGGGAUAAGUGAACAAGAUUUGUGGAUCAACAAGGAAGUCGUAUCGAUAUGAUUUGGGGGCUGUUCAACUGUCCUUCUGUCCUUCUGACUCCAUGAUUACGGAGUACUGCGAGGGGUCGGGAUGUGCCGCACCGACCGGCUGUCGAUCCUGGGUGUCUGAUCGUCGAACGAUAAUCUCCUGAUGUUUGAUGAUAAUGCAUGCAUUCUCACUUCCAUGAUCGUCAGUGAUUGUUCUAGGGAGCGAAGGGAAGGGAAAAGAAGGGGAAACUAGGCAGGGCAGGGCAAUCAUCUCACCUCCGGUGGGGAUGAGACUUUGACGGCUCGUAUAGACGGCUUAUGGGGAUGAUAAUAUAAUAUGAGAGUUAAAGAGUUAUUGGGAGAGGUGUAUGAAUAGCAUCAUUUGGGUGUCGUAUUCGUUAACUGAUUCAACGGCGUAAGCGUUAGUCUUCCUCGUGAUAUUG